UUGUUUGCCUAUUUAACUUCAACCCCAUACAACCCAUCCCCUUCCCCCCUUCCGCCCCUCCUCUCUCUCUCUUCUUGCUCUGCCUGAGCUUUUGCUUAGCUUUUCUUCACCAAACAUAUUCUCCUUUUCCACCCAACACAAACCCAUUUUAGCUCAAAUGCAAUCAUAUUGAACCCACAUUCAAUCAUUCCAACCUCUCCUCUGCUUCUCUUUGCCACACCACCUUGCUUUUAUUGAAGAAAAACAACCCAAAAACUUUCAACAACUUGAGACCUUUACUUGUAAAUCAUCAUCAAGUCUCAAUUAGCACCAAUUGUUUGUUUUGUUUGUUUUGUUUUUUGUUUGUUUUGGGUUUAGGUUCUUUUGACUGUUUCUCCAUGGAGCAUGAGUUUUUUCUGAAUGCUGGAAUGCCCACUUGGCACUCUCUUUCGUCAGCCAUGGACAUUCAAGGGACCGAGCAAUCCCCAGAUUGCUUGCUGAAUCCUAGCUGGGAAACGUCGACGGAUCACGGUAUCCACUUCGAUUCAGCUCUGAGUUCAAUGGUGUCGUCGCCUGCAGCAUCGAAUACCAACACGCCUAACGACAGUUUUGUGAUCAGGGAGUUGAUAGGAAAGCUGGGAAACAUUGGUAACUCUGGUGAGAUCUCGCCGCAUUCUGGGCCUUUGUUGGGAAAUGCUACAAUUGCUGCAGCGGCUACUUCUUACAACAGUGCCAACACUUCUGCUUAUAGCACUCCUUUGAAUUCUCCUCCUAAGCUAAGCGUGACCAUGAUCAAACACUUGGUGAAGGAAAGCUCACCCAAUUCGGGAAAAUCAAUGCCUUUGAAUUCCAGCGUGGCAGAGUUCUCUGCUGACCCUGGAUUUGCUGAGAGGGCUGCCAGGUUCUCCCGCUUUGGCAGCAGGAGUUUCAAUGGCCGGACAACCCAAUUCGGCCCGAACAACGCUGAAGUCCCUUAUAAAUCCAAUCUGUUACACCGAGUUUCGAGUAGUCCUUCUCUGAAAGCAGUCGGAUCUCAAAUGGGUGCCCAGGAAACCAACAAUUCUCCUGAACUCGCAAAUUCUCAAGACGAAUCCACUGUCUCAGAACAAAUUCCGAACGGGGAGACAGGGUUAAAGGGUACCAACGAUUCGAAUUCCAGGAAAAGAAAAGCAGCUUCCAAGGGAAAAGCAAAGGAGCCUGCAUUAUCUCCAUUUGCCAAUGCUACAAAGGUGGCUGGAGCUAAUGAUAAUUCGAAUGCAAAGCGAUGCAAGCCAGGCGAGGCUGAUGGAAAUGAAAAUGGCCCUGUUAAAGCAGAGGAAACAGGAGGAAGUGCAGGGGAAGAGAAAGACACCAAGGCUAUCACAAAGCCUCCGGAGGCUCCUAAGGACUACAUUCAUGUGAGAGCCAGAAGGGGCCAGGCUACUGACAGCCACAGUCUCGCUGAAAGAGUCCGAAGAGAGAAGAUUAGCGAAAGGAUGAAGCUACUCCAAGAUCUUGUCCCUGGUUGCAAUAAGGUCACCGGAAAAGCACUUAUGCUCGACGAAAUUAUCAACUACGUCCAGUCAUUGCAACGUCAAGUCGAGUUCCUCUCCAUGAAAUUGGCUUCUGUCAAUACCAGGCUGGAUUUCAACUUGGAAAAUCUAAUCCAUAAAGAUAUAUUCCAAUCAAACAACCCUUUGCCGCACCCAAUAUUCCCAUUAGAUUCCUCGGCAUCAGCUUUUUAUUGUCACCAGCCCCAGCAAAAUCAAGCACUGAAUGCCAACAUUUCUAAUGGGACAGUGACCCAAUCCUCUGUGGACCCAUUAGACACUGCACUAUGCUCAACUCUCAGCCUGCAAUUACCUCCACUCAAUGGAUUUAGCGACACUGUUUCUCAAUAUCCGAUGUUCGGCGAAGAUGACCUGCAAACCAUUGUACAAAUGGGUUUUGGUCAAAAUCCCAACGGGGAAACAACAGCAUUGCAGCCACAAAGCUUCCAUGGUGAGGAAAAAAUAACGAGGAAAUCGGUUUUCCUUUGAAAGUUAUUCCUAUUCCUACCCACAAAAUUGUGAUCCAUGAUAAGCAUUCUUAUCAUGCAGGCGCACAAAUGAAACUCGAGCUCUGAUUCCUACUCAUCAAUUCAAGGCCGCCCAGAGGAAAACAGAGGCUGCUGUAUAUACAAGAGAUUUAAUUCAAGCCAUUCAUCCUUAGGUCUAAUGAAGUGUACUUUUUCUUUUUUUCUUUCUUGUCAAUGUGAUUUUGCUGUCUAAUUUUUUUUUUUAGGUAAGUUGUAAAAUCGCAGACCAGUUCUGUCUGUUGGUGCUAAAGUCUCACAGCACCCACAUGUAAGAUAACAAUUACAGUGCUAAUUAGUGUAGAGUUUUUCUACCAGCUCUGUUGGCCAUUUUGUCUUUUAUAUAUAUAUAUAUAUCAGAGAAAUUUGGUGAUUAUUCUAAUUAAUUUAUAUUUGGGUCA